UUGAAAGCUCCGAAUCCGAUCUGCAAUUCGAAAGAGCUUUUUGAUAGGAAUCAUUGGUGCACAAUUUUGACUGAGCCGUCAGUCUGUCAAGAAGUGGUGUCUGUGGUUGGUCAUCUCAUUACUCCAGAUUCCGGACUUUCAGCAAUAACUGUUCCUUAGUUUAAAAUUGAAUUGAAAUCAAGAAGUAGAUACGAUAGGAUUGCAUUGAUACACUACAUAUGUUACAAAGAAAAACUACAAUGUCAACACCAAUUCAGAAAGUGGUGAUUGUUGGGGCCGGCACCAUGGGUUCGGGUAUUGCGAUGGUGGCAGCUGCAACGGGCCACUAUGCAACACUGGUCGAUGUAAGUCAGGAAGUUCUUGACAAAUCUCGUUCCGGGAUUGAGAAAAACGCGGCCCGAAUUGCGCGUAAACUGUUCAAAGGUGAUCCGGAUUCGGCGAGUGGUUUUGUUGCAGAAGCCUUAGGUAGAAUAAGUUACAGCACUGAUCUAGAGCAGUGUGUUGCUAGUACGGAUUUAGUUAUCGAGGCAAUCGUAGAGAACAUGCAGAUCAAACAAGACCUGUUCAGACGACUCGACAAUAUUGCCCCUGAACACGUAAUCUUCGCAAGCAACACUUCAUCAUUGUCGAUCGUUGAGAUGGGAUCUGUGACCAAGCGGGAAGAUCGUUUCGCUGGGUUCCAUUUCUUCAACCCAGUCCCUGUGAUGAAGCUAAUAGAAGUGAUAAAGACCGAUAAAACUUCCGAGGAUACCCAUACUCGAUUGAUGGCGUUUGGCCGAGCCUUGGGCAAAACUUGCAUCACCUGCAAGGACACACCAGGAUUCAUUGUGAAUCGUCUACUGUUCACAUUGACAUCGGAAGCAUUGAAGAUGCUCGAGCGGGAAGACGCAGAGGUACGAGACAUCGAUACGGCAAUGAAGUUGGGAUUGGGUCAUCCGAUCGGACCAUUCGAGCUGAUGGACAUGGUGGGGUUGGACGUAACUUUAAAUAUUAUGAAGGAACGUGAAGCCCGCUAUCCAAACGAUCCCGCCGCAAAGCCUAGUCCGACUUUGGUCAAGAUGGUAGCAGAGAACAAGCUUGGCGUGAAAAGUGGUCAGGGAUUCUAUAGCUACAAAUGAAGAGAGUGAUAUUAUGAAAUUGUGGUUCGGGUAAUUUAAGAGGAAAUGGCAUGGGAAAUGGGUAUUUUCUUAUAUUACAAAAAAUGUUUAAUUGUUGUGUAAUAAAGUAUUAGGAUUUUACAGUA